GAACCAUUUUUUCAGAUGAGAAAUGUACCGUGAGAAUUAUAAAGGAAAAGCUGAGCAACCCUCUCAUCCAAACAUGCCAGGAUAUACACCUUCAAUUCUACGCGGAGUAGGAGGAAACAUAGUCUCCAGUUCGCCUAGUUCUCAGCAGUAUGCUCUAGUACCCUCCAAUACACAGCAGUAUGGUCCAGUAUCCUCCAAUACACAGCAGUAUGCUCCAGUAUCCUCUAAUACACAGCAGUAUGCUCCAGUAUCCUCCAAUACACAGCAGUAUGCUCCAGUAUCCUCCAAUACACAGCAGUAUGCUCCAGUAUCCUCUAAUACUCAGCAGCUUGCUCCAGUAUCCUCUAGUACACAACAGUUUGCUCCAGUAGCGUCCAGUAUUCAGCAGUAUUCCCGUCCUCAACUAUACUCCAGUACCCCAAACACUAGACUUUCAAAACCCUCCACAGUUUCUCCCUUCUCUGGUCUUACUCUGGAUAACACUGCUCCAGGUACAGCAGGAGCCUGGGGCAGGACGGAAACUCAACUUGGAGCAACACAUCUUGGUUUAAGAACAACUCCCGUUCUUAAUGGAGAAGCUCAUAAUCAAACUGGAUCACCUAGAUUGUUAAACGCUUCUAAUGCUGCUCCAGUUCCAAACUCCAGUUCAGUCCAACAAAAUCCGUCCCUGAACUUCGGAGUUAUAAAUCAACCAACUUCAAACCCCGGACCUAUACAUCAUCAAAACUCAUCUCAACCUCAACUAAUGAUAAACUCCACUGAUUCCUUGAUAGGCACUUCCUCACAAAACUCCUCUCAAGGACGAUCCAGCGGUGUAUUGUUCAACAAGGAGAUGAGUGUAUUAGUGAGAGGACGGGACGGAGAGAAAAAACAAAGAUUAAAUAUUUGUCUUCAAGACAAACCCAAUGCUCAUAACCAUUCCAAGGAUAUUUAUUUACAGGUUACUGAUAGUCAAGACCCUCUUCUUUUCUACUCUUUAUGCAUAACUGAAGAGGAUUUCCAGUUCCUAAAAUCCAAUCAGGGAUUACUAGUUGAUUAUUCCUCGUUCCCUGGGAUGGUCUGCCAGCUGUUGGAGAAAUGUAUUGAACACGGGGACUUUUCGUCCCCAGGGUUCAUCCUUAUCAUCAAUCUCAAUAUAGUUCAACCCAGCCUUGAGUUCACGGAACUGAACAUGUUUAAACAUCUCUGCCAUCUGAACCUUAUCAUUGUUAAAGCCUCAGACUCACAAUUAAAGGAUUAUUUAGUUGAAUGUAUUCAACAGCUGCAGAAUAAAAUCAAUGUGUCAACUACACAGCUGCAGCAGCUGCAACAGCAGAUCUUUCAGCAGCAGAAGCAGUUGGAACAACAUUCAGAAGAGCUGACAGCUGCGAGGAGGGAGCAGCAGGAAACCAGCAGCAGCCUGGGACAGAAGCUGCUGAACGAUCUGCAGGAGGAGAAGGAUCGCUGCUCACAGAAGAUCGCAGAGCUUCAAUCCAGGGUUGAAUCAGAGAGACGAGAUAUAGAAACCAGGCAUAGGAGAUCCAUAGAACAAUUAGAGAACAGGGUGGCCAGCCUUGAUGUACAGAAUAGAGAUCUAUUAGAGGCGAAGUACCGUGGAGAGUCUAGUAACCUUGAGUUAAAGAGAAACCUGGUGACCAGGGAGGAGGAGUUUACCAGGGUUCAGGCAGAACUACAAACCAUCACCAGGGACCGGGCACAUAUAGAGAGUCGGCAUCGUGAAGAGUGUAGGAGGAGAGGGGAGCUGGAGAACCGUAUCUCCGUCCUGGAGGAGGAGGAGAGGACCAGGGACCAGGAGAUCAACAAGACCAGGGACCUCGUGGACAAGAUCAAACAGGAGAAGGAGGAGCUAGCGUCACAGCUCCAGGAAAAAACUGGAACCGUAUCCCGGCGUGAAUCAGCUGUUCGGAGUGUUACUGAGGAGCUGAUGAAAGCAAACCAGAUAAUUAGGAAGCUUCAGGAGCAGCUUAAACAGGAACAGAAUAAGGCCACCCUCAGGGGGAAGAUAGCAGCAGAACAGGAGAAACUGCUGAAUGAGAAGGAUCAAGAGCUCGGCCAGGUCCGUGAAGAACUCCGCGAAGCUCUCCAAGGAGCAGACGAGCAGAAGAACAAGGGACUGGAGAAGGAGAAGAAGGUUGAGGAAUUGAUUGAGAAGAAUGAUCAGCUUGAGAAGAUCAACAGAUCAAAUGAGAAUGUGAUCAAUUGGUUGAAUAAACAGUUAGCAUCAUUCAAAAGUUCAGAGGCUAUUGUAGCGUCUAGUCGAGUAGGAGGAGCAGGGCGUGGCAAACCAGGUGGAAGGGUUGGUCUGUCUAAGAAAACAUCCUCCGAAGAGAACAAUGAAAAUGAACCCAUAAUCGGAUUGGACGCAAAAUAUUUCGAGCAUUCGACUCCAGGAGGUAGUAAAGCCAGAAGCCAGAUACCUGACGUAACAAACCUACCGAGCAACAUCAAGAGAGGAGUUAACGGAGGACUACUGCGUCGCUGAAGUUUAAUUGCAAGUGCCCAUUUUCCAAUACUAGUUAUAAAGUGUUAUUAAAGUUUUCCUUGGAAGUGAUAUUUCUAGUUCUAUCCAAAAUAUGUUUUAGUAAGUACAAGAUGUACCAAGAAGUUAUGUUCUGUCAGGAAUGGCAAGUUCUUCCAAAUAGUACAAAAUCCUUGAAAUGAUUUUUGUUUGCAAAUGUUUCUAUGGACCUUAAUUGUUUAUAAAUGUAUAUAUGAUGGAUAUUUUAUAUGAAUUAUACUUUUUCACUUUA